AUGGGUCGUGUGGCUUCCCUGGUCAGGAGAGUCCAGUGCAUUUCCAUGGCAGCUAAGCUAAAAUUCGCAGAUCUUAACAUCAUAUCCGGGACCCUGUGUGGUCUGGCUCCUCCCCACCUCUCCAGCCCCAUCUUGUACCCUUGCUCACUGCACUUCAAACAGUUUGGCUGCUCCUUUGCCAAAUGCUUUUCUACCUCAGGCUGCUAUCUCUGCCUGGGAUGCUCUUUCUGUCAUUCUUCACCAAGUCAGCUGUUGCUCAAUCUUCAGAUCUUAGCUCAAAUGUUGUUUUCACAGAGUGGGCUUUAUGAAGCUUCUGGAGUCCUCUUCAGAGAAGUCUAUUCUUUUUCUUUAUAG